CUACUCUGCAACUGGUUACGUGUAUAUAUAAAAUAUUUAUUAUAUAUUUUUUAAAUUGUCAGUUUAUUUGAAUAAAUAAAUAAUGUCACAGCCAGCGUGGUUAUCAGCACCGUUUAUUGAAAAAGCAUUACGCCGGUCUGAAAAUGACGAUUCUAUUUGUAUAAUUGAUUGUUUCGUUAAGCCGGCAACGAAUAAAGGUGACAAUUACACAAGUGACAUGCAUCGCGUUACUGUUGAGUACCGACAUAAUCAAGGCGCUAAAGCCGUCACGGAAAAAAUAACUAUUAUCAUAAAAGUCGCUCCUACUGCUGAAGGUGUUCAUAAAGAAUUAAUUGCACAGGCUGGUCUUUUUGGUGUCGAGAUAAAAAUGAUGACAACGACUUUGAAAGAAAUGGAAUUGGCAUUAAAAGAUAAAAAAUUAGGUGGCAGGUGUCUUUAUACACAAGACGAAGAUCCUCCACUUUUGAUUAUUGAAGAUUUGGCGCCACUUGGUUUCCGUAUGGCCGAUCGUCAAGCUGGUCUUGAUUUACAGCAUUGUAUACUCGCGCUUCGCGGUUUAGCUAAAUUUCAUGCUAGUUCUGUUGCAGUUUAUGAAAAGACGCCAAAGUACAAAACAACGUAUGUGAGAGGUAUAUUCAAUAUUGACAACCCCCCAGACAUGAUAAGGUUUUUCACAAGUGGAAUGAAGUCUCUAGCAAAAGCCGUCAGAUCGUGGCCAGAACUCGGUAACACAUAUGCCGAGAAACUGGAAAAAUUAGCGGAUGUUGCAUAUCAUCGAGCAUCCGAGUCACGUAUUCCCGACGAAACCGAAUUCAAUGUUAUUAACCACGGAGACUUCUGGGUUAACAACAUGUUAUUCAAAUACGACGACGCUGGGAAAGUUAUAGACCAUAUAUUUGUCGAUUUUCAACUAUGUGUCUAUGGUUCACCAGCAGUUGAUUUAGCUUACUUCUUCAACACAAGCCCAUCUGAAGAAGUACUUCUAAAGCAUACAGACAAUUUAAUUGAAGAAUACGCUAAGGUCCUAUCUGAAACAAUGAAAAAACUCGGAUGCAAAAGAGCACCACCUAGUAUAGAGAGUUUGAAAAAAUCAUUAGCCAAAAGAGAUGUUUAUGGUUUUGUAGCAGCUUGUACAAUUCUUCCUAUUGUUCUCAUAGACAAAAGUCAAGCACAGAAUAUUGAAGAAAUAAUGGGGCAAGACGAUGCGGAAUUUAAUAACAAAGCUUAUGAAAAUCCGUUGUACAAAAAAACAAUGCUGAGAAGAUUGCCAGAGUGGAAUGCCACGGGAAUGCUCGAUGUGUAAUUAAGUAUUUUAUUUAUUGUAGAUUGUAGAUAUUUAUCAUUGAAUAAAUCGCAUUAAUAAAUUAACUCCAAAAUUUUAUUAUUGAAAUUUAGAAAUUUUCAAUAGUCUAGAAUUAAUAGAAAAGUAUGUAGAAGAGGGUUAGUCAUAAUUUGUAAAUUAAA